AUGCUCUUCUGGUUCGACGACGGAUCCGGAACAAGAAAGGCUUCGACAACUCUGCGUUCGGCUACCACCAUCUUGCCGAUGUUCUUUGCUUCGACUCUCUUCGUUUUUGUGCUGCUUGGACAGGUCAACAGUGAGGGGGAGUACAAUGGCCGUAUUGGAUUCUUCAACCACACUCUGAAGGAUGGUCAAGUCACACUCAACUAUUCUUCCGUUGCUGUCGAAAAAGGAGACGACCACAAGCUUGCUAAGUACACGAAGCUUUCUGGGUCCUGUGAUGUUGAAAUCAAGGGAAGCGGAAACAUUGUGCUCCACUACAGGAAAAACGGAGAGAAGAACAUAAAGGGCGAAGGCUGCACUGUGGAUCUGCUCACCAAGCAUUCGAACAUGAUCAAGUUCAGGACUGGAGUGGAGCUCAAUGAUAAGAAUGGUACAUGCCUAGAAAGGUGUUCAGUACUUCAUAUCCUUUUUGAUGAUGCCAGUGCAAAUCUGCUUCCCUUCGCCUACAGCUACAGUACAACUAAGCAUAAUAUCACGAAACUUGAGAACGGUCCGCUCAAAGGAAAUAAGGACGAUUGCAGACAUUUCGAAAUGUGUGGAGAAGAUGAACAACUUUGCAUGCCUUGGACUUCUCUCGAGGUGGCUUGGAACAGAUGCAUCAAGGACGACGAAAAUCCUCGUAUCUUUGCUCACACCCAUCCAAGUAAACCGAAUAAAUCCUUUAAUUGUUUUGAUCAUUUAAAUUUUUAGUUGGCGAAAAAGCGGCAAAAUGGAAUCGACCAAAUGUCAAUGAAUUUGAGCUGACAAUAACAGAAGAAGGCGGGUUCUAUAUGGAUGAAGAAUCGGACAAUGUAAAAUAUGAUCC